AUGGCGGCCGCGCCCGCAGCCGCGGCACUCCGACCCCACCUUUCCCUUCUCUCGGCCGGCGCCGGAAUCCCCAACCCCACGCUCCAAACUCUAUCCUUCGUCGCCCCCCUCCUCUGCCGCCGCCGCUGCCGCCGCCGCAGCAGCGUCGUUCUCUCCAACGCCUCCUCGUCGCCCCCGUCCCCCCCUCCUUCGCCGGAGAAGGAGGCCGAGGCGGCUCCGACGGCGGAGUCGUGCGUCAACCUCGGCCUCGAGUUCUUCUCCAAGGGCAGGGUGAGGGAUGCACUUGAACAAUUUGACAAUGCCCUGGAGCUGAAUCCAAAUCCUACCGAAGCCCAAGCAGCGUUCUAUAACAAGGCAUGCUGCCAUGCGUACAGGGAAGAAAGCAAAAAAGCUGCAGAUUGCUUGAGAAUAGCUUUGCGAGAUUACAAUCUCAAAUUUGGUACAGUACUUAAUGAUCCAGACAUGGCGCCAUUCAGGGCAUCACCAGAAUUUAAGGAACUUCAAGAAGAGGCAUUGCGUGGUGGAGAAGAUAUUGGUUCUGGGUUCCGAAGAGAUCUAAAGCUCAUUAGUGAAGUACAGGCACCAUUUCGUGGUGUCCGGAGGUUCUUUUAUGUGGCGUUCAUUGCAGCAGCUGGAAUUUCAACAUUCUUCACCAUUCCCAGACUUAUAUUUGCACUUCAAGGUGGUGAUGGUGCUCCAGAUUUUCUGGAAACGGCUGGCAAUGCUGCCAUUAAUAUUGGAGGUAUUGUCGUGCUCGUGGCUUUGUUUUUCUGGGAAAACAAGAAAGAAGAAGAGCAGAUUACAAAUAUCUCUCGUAAUGAAACCCUUUCAAGGUUACCUGUUAUAUUGGCAGGUUCAAAGGCAUCUGUUACUCAAGCAAUGCAAAGAGCUGAGAGGUACCGAACUGAUCUGCUCAAACGAGGCGUUCUUCUAAUUCCUGUGAUCUUUGGUGCUUCACUAAAAGUCCAAGGCAAACCAAAAGGCUUCGGUACUACAAGAUCUGCUGCAUCAGCUCCUUCAAUUGGGGGUGACUUUGAAAAACGUACUGAAUCUAUUGCGGCAAAAUCACGACUCAGAGCUGAGGUUCGAUUUAAAGCUGAUAUUGUCUCUCCAGAACAAUGGGAAAGUUGGAUACGUGACCAGCAAGAAUCUGAAGGUGUCACUCCUGGUGAAGAUGUCUACAUAAUUCUCCGUCUUGAUGGUCGUGUGAGAAGAUCUGGAAGAGGCAUGCCAAACUGGAACGACAUUUUGAAGGAAUUGCCACGUCUUGAAGAUUUGCUCAGCAAACUUGAACGAUGA